UCUGGUGGAAGGACUCUUAGCGCUCGGACUCUAAGCUCUGCCAGUUUGCUCGCAGCUCGGUAGAGUUGGCGUUAGGCGCUGGCUCGGGAACCCGGCGGUAGCUCGGGCUGCUGCUUCUGGGCUAUUAUUCUGUCUGUGCUGGUGGCUCUCUCACUCUUUCCUCCUUCCCUGUCUCUCACUCACUCCUUCUUUGACAUUUUUACUUCUGAGUAUUUUCUUGCUUGGUAAAGCCAGGUCUAUAAAGGGUUACCACGCCAGUUGAGCCCCCCUACCUGGUGGGCAAGGAGGAACUGCACUCUUGUACCCAAAGCACCAUUCCUGGUGUCAAGAUGUCACUGAAAGUGCAGACGAGUAACAUCACAAACAAGAAUGACCCCAAGUCCAUCAACUCCAGAGUCUUCAUUGGGAACCUCAACACAGCAGUGGUCAAGAAGUCAGACGUAGAGACCAUCUUCUCUAAGUACGGCAGGGUGGUGGGCUGCUCUGUUCACAAGGGCUAUGCAUUUGUACAGUACUCAAACGAGAGGCACGCACGGGCAGCUGUCCUGGGGGAGAAUGGGAGAGUACUCGCCGGGCAGACAUUAGAUAUAAACAUGGCUGGAGAACCAAAGCCCAACAGACCCAAAGGCCUGAAGAGAACAGCAUCCGCCUUAUACAGUGGCUACGAAUUUGACUACGACUACUACAGAGAUGACUUCUAUGACAGACUCUUUGAGUAUCGGGGACGGGUGUCUCCCAUUCCCAGGGUGGUUCCUGUGAAGCGUCCACGAGUGACCAUCCCUUUGGUACGGCGCGUAAAAGCAACACUCCCAGUCAAACUCUUUGCCCGAUCCGCUGCCAUUGCAAACAGCUCUGCCAAAUUAAAAUUGAAAUGCAAUGAACUGCAGACAAUUAAAACGGAGUUGACGCAGAUCAAAUCCAACAUUGAUGCUCUCCUGGGCAGAUUGGAGCAGAUUGCAGAACAACAGAAAGCAUCGGCAGAGGUCAGAAAGAAAGCAGAUGGGAACAAAAGUGAGCUUUCCCAAGAAGACACAGCGUCUGAGGCAGAAAUGAACGUAGAGGAGCCACUCAACGGCGAGGAGGGAGAAGAAGAAGGUCUCCUGAGAGAUGACUGUGACGAUGAAUUGGAGAAUAGCCAUUACACAGAUGUGGAGGACUCCAGCCUACAGUAACUAGCAGAAUCAGCGCAACAGCGAUGAAGAGAGGGAGGACAGCAAGAGGUUCAAUCCUGCCUUGGCAUGUUGAGCCAGAUAAGCAUAACAUGCAGGACUGCCAUCAUCU